AUGCAGCUUCCUGAAUCUUCUGCAGUCGAAGUUGUGAAGAUUACCCCCCCGCCCCGCCCCAAUCUCAAAUACGUUCUGGAAUGUUCCAGAAACAGGGUCCUGACGACCUCAGCCUUCACCGAUUUCAUUCUCUACGACAGGAUCCCUCUGAAAAAAUUCCCAUCCGUCCGGAGUCGCUUUGGCCAUUCGGGCCUGCCCAUUGCCGACCUGUUACGACGAGGAGGACUGAGGUCUGCGAAGCCCCCUAAUGCUACCGUCACCCGCCAACGUCUCCACAAUUAUAUGGAUGCGCAGUACUAUGGAGAUAUCAGCAUCGGGACCCCGGCACAGAAAUUCACAGUCGUCUUUGAUACCGGUUCCUCCAAUUUGUGGGUGCCCUCUUCCAAAUGUUGCUUGACUCAUCUGGCAUGCUGGGUACACAGUCACUACCGGUCCUUGUUUUCUCGCACACACGAAGCUGAUAAAUCCAAAUUUGCAAUUCACUACGGAAGUGGCAGCCUGACAGGAUUCUUGAGCCGGGAUGUUGUCAGAAUUGGUGACAUGACCAUUCAAAACCAGACAUUUGCUGAGGCAACAAAAAUGCCAGGGCUGGUUUUUGUAGCUGCCAAGUUCGAUGGCAUCAUGGGGCUGGGCUAUCCCUCCAUCUCGGUGAACAAUAUCACCCCACCCUUUGACAACAUGAUGAAGGAAAAGAUGCUCAAGCAAAACGUCUUCACAUUUCAACUCUGCAGCGCCAGCUCAAGUUCAUCACAAGAAUAUGGUGGAGAAUUGACCCUUGGGGAGAUCAAUCACAAGGCCUACGAGGGAAAAAUACAAUACCACAGUGUAACGCGCAAGGCCUACUGGCAGAUCAAGAUGGACAAGGUGACACUGAGCAAAGACUCAACGGACAGUUGCUGGCCAACGUUCGCUAGUAGCUCAGGGAAGAUAUGCAAGGAUGGUUGCCAAGGGAUUGUGGACACGGGGACGUCUCUCAUCACUGGGCCUUCUGAGGAGAUCAAAGCGUUACACGAGGCCCUUGAGGCUGAACACACCUUUGGAGGGCAGUACACGAUAGAUUGCGAAAAGAUGUCUUCAUUACCAAAUAUAACUUUCCACCUCAGUGGUAAACCAUACACACUGACCCCAGAUGUAUAUAUCCUCAAGGUGACCCAGAUGAAAACGUCCGUCUGCGUCAGCGGGUUCAUGAGCCUCGAUAUCCCCGCCCCGACCGGCCCACUCUGGAUCCUGGGCGACGUUUUCCUCCGCCAAUAUUACUCCGUCUUUGAUCGCGACAACGACCGUGUUGGUUUGGCCCUUUCCAAAAGAACUUACUGCGGCGCCUCCUCGGGAGUUGCAGCGACCGUGGCCCCCACCGUGGCAAGUACCACGGCCGCCAGUACCAGUGCCCCCUCUGCCAGCCCAAAAACGUCAGAAGCGCAAUGCUAGCUGUGCGGUGCUCUCUGGGACUGAA